GCGGGAUCCGCCCCGGCGCCGGCAGCGGGCGCAGGCGCAGCGGCGAGACCGACCCGCACCCCCGGCCAGAACCGGAGGCGGAACCGCGCCCGGAGCCAGAACCGGACCUGCACCCGGAGCCAGGGCCGGAACCGGAGCCAGAGCCGCACCCGGAGCCAGAGCGGGACCCAGAGUCAGAACCGGAGCCAGAGUCCGACCCGGAUCCGGAGUCGGUCCCGGAGCCAGAACCAGCGGAUCCGGAGCCAGAACCAGCGGAUCCGGAGCCAGAGCCGGACCCAGAGUCAGAGCCAGAACCGGAGUCGGUCCUAGAACCAAAUCCAGAGCCAGAACCGGAUUCGGCACCAGAACCAGAGUCAGAUCCAGAGCCAUACCCGGAGCUAGAAUCAGACCCGGAACCAGAGUCGGUCUCAGAGCCAGAGUCCGACCCGGAGCCGGAGUCAGUCCCAGACCCAGAGCCGUGUCCGUCUCCCUCGGGAGCGGCCGGGAUGUCGGCGCCGCUGAGCGAUGGGGAGCGGAGGAAGCAGAUCAGCGUGCGGGGCAUCGCGGGGCUGGGGGACGUGGCCGAGGUGCGCAAGAGCUUCAACCGGCACCUGCACUUCACCCUGGUCAAGGACCGCAACGUCGCCACCCCACGCGACUACUACUUCGCGCUGGCGCACACGGUGCGGGACCACCUGGUGGGACGCUGGAUCCGCACCCAGCAGCACUACUACGAGCGGGACCCCAAGCGCAUUUACUACCUGUCCCUGGAAUUCUACAUGGGCCGCACUCUGCAGAACACCAUGGUGAACCUGGGUCUACAGAACGCAUGUGAUGAAGCCAUUUACCAGCUGGGUUUGGACCUGGAGGAGCUGGAAGAAAUUGAAGAAGAUGCUGGGCUGGGAAAUGGAGGCCUCGGCCGCCUGGCAGCUUGCUUCCUGGACUCCAUGGCCACACUGGGGCUGGCGGCGUACGGUUAUGGCAUCCGCUACGAGUUUGGUAUCUUCAAUCAGAAGAUUGUCGAUGGCUGGCAGGUGGAGGAGGCUGAUGACUGGCUUCGCUAUGGCAAUCCCUGGGAGAAAGCUCGCCCAGAAUACAUGCUGCCUGUGCACUUCUAUGGCCGUGUGGAUCACACCCCUGAGGGAGUGAAGUGGGUCGACACCCAGGUUGUCCUCGCUAUGCCUUAUGACACGCCAGUGCCAGGAUACAAGAACAACACUGUAAACACCAUGAGGCUGUGGUCUGCCAAAGCACCCAACGACUUCAACCUCCAAGAGUUCAACGUGGGUGACUACAUCGAGGCGGUGUUGGACAGAAAUCUGGCAGAAAAUAUAUCCAGAGUCCUGUACCCAAACGACAACUUCUUUGAAGGCAAGGAGCUGCGGCUGAAACAGGAAUACUUCGUGGUGGCUGCUACCCUCCAAGACAUCAUCCGACGCUUCAAGUCCUCCAAAUUCGGCUGUCGAGACCCUGUGAGAACGUGCUUUGAAACCUUCCCAGACAAGGUGGCUAUUCAGCUAAACGACACCCACCCUGCCCUGUCCAUCCCGGAGCUCAUGCGGAUCCUGGUGGAUGUGGAGAAAGUGGAUUGGGACAAGGCGUGGGAGAUCACGAAGCGGACCUGUGCCUACACCAACCACACUGUGCUGCCCGAAGCCCUGGAGCGCUGGCCGGUCUCUAUGUUUGAAAAGCUGCUGCCGCGUCACCUAGAGAUCAUUUACGCCCUCAACCAAAUGCAUCUGGAUCGGGUGGCAGCGCUCUACCCAGGGGACAUUGACCGUCUCCGGAGGAUGUCGGUGAUUGAGGAAGGAGACUGCAAACGUAUUAACAUGGCACAUCUCUGUGUGAUUGGCUCCCACGCGGUCAAUGGCGUCGCCCGCAUCCACUCAGACAUCGUGAAGAACUCAGUGUUCAAGGACUUCUAUGAGCUGGAUCCGGAGAAGUUUCAGAACAAGACAAACGGGAUCACGCCGAGGCGCUGGCUCCUGCUGUGCAACCCAGGACUGGCUGACAUUAUUGCCGAGAGAAUCGGGGAAGACUUUAUCACAGACCUGAACCAGCUGAAGAAGCUACUGGAUUUCAUUGAUAAUGAGGCUUUUAUCAGGGAUGUGGCAAAAGUCAAACAGGAGAACAAAAUGAAGUUUGCAGCCUACUUGGAGGAACAUUACAAGGUCAAGAUCAACGCUUCAUCCAUGUUCGAUGUUCAAGUCAAGCGAAUCCAUGAGUACAAACGGCAACUGCUGAACUGCCUGCAUGCUAUCACCCUCUACAACCGCAUCAGAAGCGAUCCGUCCAAAUCCAUUGUGCCCAGGACUAUUAUGAUUGGAGGAAAGGCAGCCCCUGGCUACCACAUGGCCAAGAUGAUCAUCAAACUCAUCACAUCAGUUGGCGAGGUCAUCAACAACGAUCCCUACGUGGGGGACAGGCUUAAGGUUAUCUUCCUGGAGAACUACCGGGUGUCCUUGGCCGAGAAGGUGAUCCCAGCGGCGGAUCUCUCCCAGCAGAUCUCCACAGCCGGCACGGAGGCCUCUGGUACCGGCAACAUGAAGUUUAUGGUGAACGGGGCCCUCACCAUCGGUACCAUGGAUGGGGCCAACGUGGAGAUGGCUGAGGAGGCAGGCGAAGAAAACCUCUUCAUCUUCGGCAUGCGGGUGGAGGAUGUGGAGGCCCUGGAUCGCCAAGGGUACAAUGCACAGGAGUACUAUGAGCGCCUACCGGAGCUGCGGCAAGCUGUCGACCAGAUCAGCAGUGGCUUUUUCUCCCCUCGAGACCCGGGUUGCUUCAGGGAUGUUGUGAACAUGCUCAUGUACCACGACAGGUUUAAGGUGUUUGCCGACUAUGAGGCAUACAUUAAAUGCCAAGGGCAAGUGGACCAGCUGUUCAUGGACCCCCGGGAAUGGACUAAGAAAGUCAUCAGGAACAUCGCAUGCUCGGGCAAGUUCUCCAGUGACAGGACCAUCAUGGAAUACGCCAGGGAGAUCUGGGGCGUGGAGCCAUCUGCCACAAAAAUCCCCCCACCUAACCUCCCCCGGGAUUGAUGGGAGCACAGAAGGAAGGAAGGAGGGAUGGGUUCCCAGCCUAGGAGGCCUCACCUGCAUUUCACUGCCAGUCGGAUGGGCUUGGCUCUGCAGAAACAUGACCUUUCCCUCAGGAGGGCGGAAGGAUGCUUUGAGGAGGAGCCCUGUCUGAGGAGCAGGCACUGGGGGAGAGGAGCAAGGACCCUGUUUGUCCCCACGUACCUAGCCUGCAUGUGCUGCGUAGUGCUUUUAGCGAGAUGACCACGGAUCUGUCUUCCACAGCAUUCUCCAUGCUUAACAAGGGCUUUCCAACUAAACCCUCCUCUCUCCCCCCUGCAUGCAGCCUGGCCUGGCCUGCUUGCGUCUGCCCCACGAGCAGGUUUAACCAACACACAGCAUCCUAUGUCCUCAUCCAGUGGGUCUGGGUAGAGGGAGAGGCUGCUGCCUGCCCCUCCAGUCACCUAGGGAAGGGGGGACUGGCUCUUAAAUGUAAAAGGCCAUGUGCCAGACGGAGAAACGGUUUGGGAUCAGCACCUUUCUUGCCACAGAGCUUGCUGUAGCCUCUGCUGACACCUCUUUGUUAACUAAAAGCCUAGCAACCAAGCCACUCCAGGGAUUUUUAGCCUCCAUGGCUGCACAGAGCGCAUUGUACCUGCCCCUGCCAACUGGGUGGCUGACCCUGGUGGGCUCUCAGCUCUCCAGGCACAGCAGGAUGCUGGGGGAGCGUGUAGCACAUCCCCUACAUCCCUCCACAGCUGGGCCAUGCCAUUCCGUGUGUCCCUUUCAGUGCACAGAUCAGUUUAACAUCUGUAGUGCUGUGUAGCGCACCAGUAGCCCUGUGUGACACCAACUCAUUAAAACCACCAGAAGA